AUGUCGGUUCAUCAUUCUCUCUCUGUUUUUCUCAGCAAAAAGAUGUUUUCCGAUGUUCUUUUGUUGCUGUUGUUGGUGAGUUUGCACGGUUCAGUAGCGAGACCGGACCGGUUAAAGUGGGAGCCGCUGAUUAGAUUACCGGGUGAACCGGUGGAGGAUGAAAUUGGAACCCGAUGGGCGGUUCUUGUGGCCGGUUCGAAUGGUUACGGAAACUACAGGCACCAAGCAGAUGUGUGCCAUGCAUACCAGUUGCUAAUAAAAGGUGGAGUAAAAGAACAAAAUAUUGUGGUGUUUAUGUACGAUGAUAUUGCUUACAGCGAGUUGAAUCCUAGGCCUGGGGUUAUCAUCAACCAUCCACAAGGACCCAAUGUUUAUGCUGGCGUUCCUAAGGAUUACACCGGUGACUUCGUGACAGCUGAGAACCUAUAUGCCGUUAUACUUGGGGACAAGAGUAAAGUUAGGGGUGGAAGUGGCAAAGUGAUCAACAGCAAACCAGAGGAUAGAAUAUUUAUAUAUUACUCUGAUCAUGGAGGCCCCGGAGUCCUUGGGAUGCCAAAUAUGCCAUAUGUAUAUGCUAUGGAUUUCAUUGAUGUUUUGAAAAAGAAACAUGCAUCUAGAGGUUACAAAGAGAUGGUUAUAUAUGUUGAAGCUUGUGAAAGUGGUAGCAUUUUUGAAGGUAUAAUGCCGAAGGAUAUAAACGUUUAUGUAACAACUGCGUCCAAUGCGCAAGAGAAUAGUUGGGGAACUUACUGUCCUGGUGUGGAUCCUGCUCCACCUCCCGAGUACAUCACUUGCCUCGGCGAUUUGUAUAGCGUUGCAUGGUUGGAAGAUAGUGAGACGCACAAUCUAAAAAGGGAAACGGUGCAGCAACAAUACAUGUUGGUGAAGGAACGGACUUCAAAUUACAACUACAAUUUAGUGAACCUUCCUCCAAACAAUGGCAGACUAGAAGCUAAAAUGGAAGUUGUAAACCAAAGAGAUGCAGAGAUUCUCUUCAUGUGGCAAAUGUAUCAGAGAUUACACCAUCAACCAGAAAAGAAGAGAGACAUUCUCGAAAAGAUUUCCGAGACAGUGAAACAUAGGAAUCAUUUAGAUGGUAGUGUGGAAUUGAUUGGAGUUUUAUUGUUUGGUCCAACAAAAGGCUCUUCAGUUCUACGAUCCGUUAGAGCUUCUGGUUUGCCUCUUGUUGAUGACUGGGAAUGCUUAAAAUCAAGGGUUCGGAUGUUCGAAGCUCAUUGUGGUUCACUGACUCAGUAUGGGAUGAAACACAUGCGGGCAUUUGCGAACAUUUGCAACAGCGGUAUUUCCGAGGAUUCGAUGGAGGAGGCAUGUAUGGCAGCAUGUGGUGGUUAUGAUGUAGGGCUAUUACAUCCAUCAAACAAAGGUUAUAGUGCUUGA